AUGCGACAAGCGCACUGCAAGGUAAAGACAGGCUGUCUGACAUGCAAAAUUCGAAGAGUCAAAUGCGAUGAGAAAAAGCCCGCUUGUCAUCGCUGCACAAGCACUGGUCGGAAAUGCGACGGCUACGCGCUUAUGCAGAAGAUCAACCCGCGAGAUGUGGCGCAUGGCCGGAUGCUGUUGCCGCGUGUCUCUACCAUCGAUCCGCAAGCCUUGCUCCCAGUCGAGGAACGGAGGGCGCUUGGGUAUUUUCACAGUGUUAUUUCGCCGCGUUUGUCGAGCGCUAGGGAUGGCUACUUCUGGACCCAUCUUGUGAUGCAGCUCAGCGAGUCAGAGGCCGUCGUGAAACAUACCAUCUUAUCGAUAAGCUCGUUGUUUGAAUCGUCCGAGGGGAAGAGUGUGGCGCCGUAUACGGAGAGAUUCGCUUUGCAGCAUUAUACAAAGGCCAUUCAGCGUCUCAAGACGGUUCACAGUGAACCUCUUGUGUUGCUCGUUUGCAUCUUGUUCAUCUGUGUGGAGUACUUGCUAGCGAAUAACAAGAUUGCACUGCAACAUUGCCAACAUGGACUUGCCAUUAUGGAAAAGUGCAGCAAUCCUUGGGCCAGACGGUAUUUAAUGCCUGUCUUUAGGCGCAUGACAGCAGUGCCCAUGCUUUUUGGUCCUGAAGAUAUUGAGAGCGAGAGCAUGCCAGCCUUGAUCUACAUGAUACCAACCAAGUUCUACUGUAUGGAAGACGCGCAAUACAUGAUGGAUGAUAUCUUCAACCGAGUGGUGCGACUCUGCCACAUGAGGCAUCGCGGCGUCGUCUUCGACAUGACAGAAGAGUACGAUACCAUUAGCACUCAUCUUCAGACCUGGCAAACGCUAUACGAAAAGCUCGAAGUCGAUACCACCUCUUUACUAUAUCAAGCUCAGGAGAGGUCACUCUUUAUGCGUCUCAAACUUUCUUACCUCGAGUUAAGUGCCGACUUCCGAUAUGAAGAGCAUAUGGGGACAUUUCGCCAGGUGCUGCAACUAGCGAGCUGGCAAAGUGAAAGGUCCACCAAACAAUCCAGCUUCGAACUUGCAUAUACUCCCAUGCUCUUCUUUACAAUAAUGAAGUGCCCUGAUUUGAGCAUUCGGCUUCCUGCGCUGCGGUUGAUGAAAAAAUUGGGUUCACCGACGGAGGGUAUUUGCGAGAACCUUCAGAUGCUGACGACGAGUCGGGAGAUUAUUCAGCAGGAACAUGGAGUGGAGAUAGUUGAUAUUGAAAGUUAA